GACGUCAUCAGCCUGAUUCUGCUAGUUUUGGGGAAGAGGAAGAAGACAUGGCCGCAAGGUUACUGCUGAGAUCCGCCGUACGGGCCGCGACGACCUGCCGGGCAUCUCCCGUGGCCGCUCUAAGCAGAGGGAUGGCCACCGGAGGUAUUCCCACUGAUGAGGAGCAGGCCACUGGACUUGAGAAGAAGAUUAUGCAUGCUAUGAAAACAGGAUCAGAUCCUUACAAUAUUCUGAGGCCCAAGGAGUAUGCCGGGUCGAAGUCAGACCCCCACCUUGUACCUUCUGUCACCAACAAAAGAGUUGUCGGCUGUGUCUGUGAGGAGGACAACACAGCUGUGGUGUGGUUCUGGUUGCAUGAAGGUGAACCCCAGCGCUGUCCCUCAUGCGGAUCUCAUUACAAGCUGGUUCCUCACGAGCUGCCUCACUGAGCUCACGGUCUCAUCCCAGAAUUUCAGAAAUGUUGUGACCACAUUCAUUUUUGUCUCUUUGCAAAGAAGUACAGGAGAUGUAAACAAUCCGUCAUCCUGGAGUGGGACACAAUAUUUUAACAACUCCUCAAAAUAACAGUUUACUUAAAUUAUUGGAGUGUUCAUUUUGCACUUGAUCCAGUUACACCUAAUAAACGUGCUUACUCU